AUGGCAAGGUGGCUGCAGCCGUCGCCGCCGGACGGCGCGCACCCCUUCGGCCACGACGCCAUCGCGCUGUCCUUCUUCGUUGCGUGCGUGGCCGCCACGGUCGCGCUGGUGUCGUCCAUGUGCUCGGCGUGCGGCCGCAAGCCUAAGGCGGCCAGCCAAGCGACGCCCGCCACGGCCGGGCUGGGCUCCGUCUCCGACGGCCACGCCGACACCGAGGAGGAGGAGGCGGUGGUGACGCUGUCGCCGGAGCUGGCGACGCAUGGGCCUAUCGCGCCGGUGGCGCUGCCGUCGUCGACUUCGAAGCGGCGUCUGUCCAUCAGCCUGAGCAAGAACCUGAGCAUGAACAUCCCGGACAAGCUGCGGCUGAGCCGGCGGGAGCGCAAGGAGCACAAGGUGGAGUCGGAGGACACGCUGUGGAAGAAGGGUAUCAUCCUCGGGGAGAAGUGCAAGAUCCCCGGGGAGAGGGAUGGAGAGGCCGGUGACGGCGUGGACCCCGCCGACGAGAUCGCCGCCGGGAGCUUCCGGCGGUCGAGCUACUCGCGGCCGAUGUCGCGGUCGAGCUCGUUCGCCAUGCACCAGCAGCACGACGCCUCCGCCUUGCAGGCAUCGCAUACUUGA